AAGUGGGCGUCUCCGUUACAUUCAGCACUUCAUGUUAAACAUGUAACCAGGAAAGAAACACUCAAAACUCAUCUGAACACACAUCGAGAGCUUCAGAAGAACUGAAUCUACUGACAACAGAGAAGAUCAUUUAAUGAGAGAGAAGAAUGAAGAUCAUCUUGACUUUCACUCUGCUGAUGAUUCCUGGAGUCGUGAGCUCCAUCAAUGUGACGGGAUAUUCAGGAGGAGGAGUCACGAUCACAUGCAAAUAUGAUAGAGGAUAUACAGCAAAUACAAAGUAUUUUUGUAAAAGUGAUGAGUGGCCUACAAAGUGCUCUGACCUCAUCAGGACUGAUAUUAAAGAUAAAUGGGUUUAUUUUGGAAGAUUCUCUCUGCAUGACGACACAAGAUCAGCAGUCCUGAAAGUGGAAAUCAAAAAUCUGACUGAACUGGAUUCUGGGACGUACUACUGUGCAGUUGAUAUCUCUUAUGCUGGAGAUUUAUACACUGAAGUGAAUCUGAAGGUUAUAAGAGAUCAACAAAUCGGGAGCGUGAGAGGAUAUUCAGGAGGAAACGUCAUUAUAAACUACAAAUAUGAGAUGAAACUCAAGGAUCCUUUGAUAGACAUCUGUAACACUGCAGCAAAUAAAUGUUUUGCUGUAAUAAUCACUAACAGAGCAGCAGAAUGGGAACAGGACAGACGAUUCUCCGUUCAGGAUGACAGAUCUGCAGGUCUCUUACGUGUGUUUAUCAGAGAUCUGAAUGAGAACGACUCUGGAGAAUAUAAGAUUACAGUCAAAGUUUCUGAAGAAUACAGUUUCUUCUCUGUGUUUAAUCUGAUCAUCAGAGACGAUGAUUGUUGUGUGAAGAGCAUCAGUCUAUCAGCUGCUGCAGGAGGAUCUGUGAACAUCAGCUGCAAAUACCCACAAUCCCACAUUAGUGAUGUGAAGUUUCUCUGCUGGAGAUCUGGAGCUGAUCUCUGUGCUGAAGAGACGUCUGUGAAGGAGAGCAGAAGAUGGAGUCCUGAGGGAAAGAUCCAGCUGUAUGAUGACAGAGAAGAGCAGCUCCUGACGGGAAGCAUCAGUCAUGUGACUGAACAAGAUUCAGAAUACUGGUGUGGAGUUCAGUCUGAUCAAGGACACAAGAGCUUCAUCACACGAGUCCUGAUCAAUGUUACAGAAACAUCAUCACCAUCACCACCAUCAUCAUCAUCAUCAUCAUCAUCACCAUCAACAACAACAACAACGACAUCAUCAGCUUCCUCUUUCUCAUCAGACAGAUCUUCACCGUUCACAGGUAUUUCCAGAUCUUCUACAUCACUGGCAUGUCUAAACACAUCAGCAGGUGAUCUUGUGCUGAAAUACAAACAUGAUUAAUUGGUGUAGCUUGUGAGGAGGCCUGACCCC